CUAGCGGAAACUCUGUCGGAGGGAUUUGACUGUUGCACGUCCUUAACUUCCGGUACCGACUGUCGACUUUCUGCCUCCUCUCCCUUCCAGCAUUUGUCAUUGCCAUCGGAUUAUCUGAGCAGCCAUCAUGACCCUGUUUCAUUUUGGAAAUUGUUUUGCUUUGGCCUAUUUUCCUUACUUUAUAACAUACAAGUGCAGCGGGCUUUCUGAGUACAACGCUUUCUGGAGGUGUGUCCAGGCUGGAGCUACCUACCUUUUUGUCCAGCUCUGCAAAAUGCUGUUCCUUGCAACGUUUUUCCCCACCUGGGAAGGAGGAGCUGGAGUUUAUGACUUUGUUGGGGAAUUUAUGAAAGCAACAGUGGACCUUGCAGAUCUGUUGGGCCUCCAUCUCGUCAUGUCACGUAAUGCUGGCAAAGGAGAGUACAAAAUCAUGGUGGCCGCUAUGGGCUGGGCAACCGCCGAACUUGUCAUGUCAAGAUGUCUUCCUCUCUGGGUCGGGGCCAGAGGGAUCGAGUUUGACUGGAAAUAUAUCCAGAUGAGCUUUGACUCCAAUAUCAGUUUGGUACAUUAUAUCGCCAUGGCGGCAGUGGUGUGGAUGUUUACGCGCUACGACCUUCCCAAAAGCUUUCGGUUCCCUGUUACCGUGCUGCUGGCGCUCUGCGUCUACAAGUCCUUCUUAAUGGAGUUGUUUAUCCAUGCCUUCCUGUUGGGCAGCUGGACCGUGUUAUUGGUGAAGGCUGUGCUGACUGGCGCCAUCUCUCUUUGUUCACUUUUUCUCUUUGUCACCUUGGUGCACAGUAACUAAGGUAGCGCCAAGUGAGCUUUUUCUUUUUUUGCUCCCCAAAUUGUGGAAGUUGCGGGCCUGCGAUGGAAAAGACAUUCUCUCUUACAACGACUGAGAUUUUGUGAAAUGCUCUAUUUUGUAUUUUGAUCUCAAAUGAAGCCGUUGCAAGUAACAUUCAUGUUCUGCCUUUUUAAGGACUCAUUUAACAACACAUUUUGAUCCUGUAUAUAUAUUUGCUUAGCGUGGACACUAGAGAUGUCAUUUUCCAACUUUGACAUGCAUGUCAUGAUCGAAGUGAGAAGAAUUGAUUUUUCAUCAAGACAAAAUUUGAUCUGUAUGUGAUAAAUGUUUUACGACUAA